GGGACAAUUUAUUUUCUUCCUGUAAACCGUAUAGCUAGUGUAAAUCUUGCUUUAAUCAAUUGCUGUCAGUCAGUCAGCUGUCAUCGGUGUGGCCAACUUCUGGGGGAAUUUAAUCACCACUCCUUACGUGGAGUAUGUGAUAUAAACAUAUGAUUGUCCAUUUAUUCAAAAUUACAACAAAUUUAGGGCAAUAACGAUGUGGGUGGGUUCGGGAUCUGAGCCUGAUCCCGGAGGUGGCAAGGGCGAAGAGGGCUCAACAGGUGCCUCCAGCCACCAGGAAUUUAUAGACCUCAAAGAUCAGUUCGAGCAGCAACAGGUUUUAAUAGCACAGCUAAAGGAAAUGUUACGGAAAACCGAAAAUACGAACGUUACCCAAGAAAAAGUGGAGGAAUAUGCCAACACUCUUACACGAAUGAGUGCGCGCGUUAAAAAAAAUCGGCUUCAACGAAGCGAGCAAGGCGAUGAGGGUACCGCCUCGGAAACGCCGGCGUCCGAAAAAAUUAUGUUGUUACGUCAACAGUUGGAAGAAAACAGGUUGCGUUUAGCUGAACGAGGAAAAUUCCAGAAAGGCAUGGAAGAAACGGUGACCCAGUUAAAGGCCCAAUUAGACGAUUCGCAACAACUCAUUAGUUUAACUCCUUUAAAGCCAUCUGUAGCUGACACCCGAACCGAUUACAGUAUUGACACUAGCCACGAAGAAUUGUAUAAUUUACUCGUAAUUAAAGAUAAGAAAAUAACGGAACUAAAUGCCAAAGUACAUAAAUUAGAAGGAAACGUCUUAGACUUACAAGAGAACCUCAAGGAGAAAGACUCGGUGAUUGACGCCCGAACGAAGGCAAUUACUUUAAUGACUGAAAGUCUAAGUAAAAAGGGUAAAAAUACCCUCGACGCUUUGGACGAUACCAAAGAACAGAUGCGUAAAAUGCAAGAGAAUUUUGUCACUUUAGAAAUGGAAAUGAAAGCCGAGAAAGCGGAAUUGGUAAAUCGUCUCGAACAAAAAAUCGCUUUGGUCACCGAGUUACAGUCCGCCAAUUUUACUUUGGAUCGAAGUAACUCGGCCCUCCAGGAAGAUGUUAAGAUCUACCGAUCGAAACUGGAGGAAGUACUCUAUGCAUCCGUCGACAAGGAAACUGGUGCUUUGCAAGAUCCGGUGGAGCUCAGCGAACAGUUAAACGCGAAGAUGGCGGAAAUAUUCGCUCUGAACGAAGAGAACGCGAUGUUGAAAACGGAAAUUAUCAAGGUAACAUCACACUCGGACAAUUUGCAACCGGAGGUGGUUGCCUUGAGAAAUCGCGUCUCCGAGUUGGAGUCGCUUAACGCGGAAUUGUCGCGAUUGGAGGGCUCGCCGAGGGAUUCCCCGCAACGCGGUAAGAAGGGUAAAAAGGGUCCGAAGGGCAAGGCGAAAGAAGUUGAUCCGCAAAAGGUUAUCGACGGUCUCAAGGACGACUGCGAUAAGCACAAGGCGAAGGUAAUGGAACACGAGCUAACAAUUCAGGAGUUGAACGCAACCGUAGCCGAGUUGCAAGCGGCUAGUCAGUCGUCCCCUGUGGAAACCGAGGAGGUUGCCAAAUUGAAGAAGCAGGUUGACGAGGGUAAUAAAAAUAUGAUCAAAAUUAAGGCGCAACAUAAGAGCAAGUUGAAGGAGUUGAAUAAGAAAAUUGAUGAACUUAAAAAGGGAGCUGCAGGGCAGGAUGGUAUCGUGGAGCAGCAAAAUGAGAUAACUAAAUUGAGGGAGGCCAUUGGAGAGUUGGAGAAGAGCAAGGAGGAAUUGGUCUUGAAAUUGGAAACGGCGUUACCUUUUGGAUAA